UCUAAAAGGGACAGAGAGCACCCCGCUACAUUUCCUAAUUGUGAGGUUGGCGUGCAGCCGGUGGAGCUGGACUGAACUGGCCACAAUGCAGAAGCUACUCAGGUGCAGUAGGCUUGUCCUGGCUCUCGCCCUCAUCCUGGUUUUGGAAACCUCAGUUCGAGGUUAUCCCACGCAGAGAGCCAGGUACCAAUGGGUGCGCUGCAGUCCCGACAGUAAUUCUGCAAACUGCAUUGAUGAAAAGGGACCCAUGUUCGAACUUCUUCCUGGUGAAUCCAACAAGAUCCUCCGUCCACAGACUGACCCUUUCUCGAUGACAAGAUUCCAGAACUUGAACGAUAUUUUCCCCCUUUCUGAGGACUAUUCUGGAUCAGGCUCUGGCUCCGGCUCUGGCUCUGGAUCAGGAUCCGGAAGUGGCUUCCUAACUGAGAUGGAACAGGAAUACCAACCAGUCGAUCAAAGUGAUGCUGUCUAUGAGAGCUUUAGGUCUUUUGACAGGAAUCAGCCCUCAGACAAGCAGGACUUGGGUCAAGAUGCAUCAGAAGAGGAUCUUAUUAUAUAAAAGAGAGGGUUUCCCCACCUUGACACCAGGCAAUGUAUUCAGUAUAUUUUGUGUACCGUGGUUAAAUGAUUAAUCUUGGAAAAAAGAGUUUUAUAAAAAUUUUAAAACAUCUGAAAAAGAAACUUAAGUUUCAUCACCUUUUUUUCCUCAUGAAUUCUUGAAGGAUUAUGCUUUAAUGCUGUUAUGUAUCUUAUUGUUCUGGAAAUACCUGCAUUUUUUUUACAUCAUAUUCAACCAAUAUCACUAUGAAAUUGGAUUGCCAUGUCUAUAAAAUUGCUUUAAAGAAUAAAUCAUGCUGUUUUAAAAAAUUCAGUUAAGAAGUACGUUGAUAGGCAAUAUUUACCUAAGUCUUCAGGAACG